AUGGCCGAUGACGAUAGAAAUGAACUAGAAAACGAGAUAAAUUCAGGAGACACACCGAUAAUACCGUCAGAAAGCGGAGAAAGGGUUGGAAAUGAAGAAGAUGCAUCGGAUACAGUUGAAGACACAACUGUUUUUACAUCGACACGAGUUAAACCGAAUUAUUAUCACGAAGUAACAAAUCGUUCGCUCGAGGAAAUGAGUCGAACUAUGGAGAAAUCGACUUUGGCAUUGACAAUGGCUUCAAUAAAAAUCGAGCCAUGUGUUCCAUUACCCGGUGAAACAGAAAUUUCGAUGCUCAGCUAUAAUCGCUGGAAAGAUAUGUUAUUGGCAACUGGUAAUACACUUCUUGAUGUUCUUGACGGUUUAAGCUUAGAUUUGCCAUCAACAUCGUCAAAUAAUCCAUUUUCUGACGCUUUAAAGAAUCUGGAUGAACAUUUUAUGUCUUCACAGAAUAAGAUUCUGCAAAUCGUUAACUUCCGUUCAGCUAAACAAGGAACUCAGGAGACGCCAGGCAAAUACUUGUCGCGUAUGCUUCGUUGUGCUCGACACAGCGGAUUAAUCGGUGAAAAUUUAGAACGAGAAUUGAUUAUAACAAUCGCAGCAAAUACUUCAGAUACCGAUUUACAAAAGAAAGCUUUAGAGGCCGGAUGUACAUUUCAAAAGUUAAAAGAAUUUGCAAGUGCAUUGGAACUGGUUAAGAGUCUUAAUAGCAAGCGAUUGAUUAAACAAGGAGAGAUAAACGACGUCGAAGUAAAUGCAAUUUCCUCGGAUCAAAUGCGAGCAUCGCGAUCAAAGCAACAAGACUAUCGUUUCGUAAACCGUUCGAGUAAAGUUAAGGACAAUUUGCGUGUAAAUAAGGAAUGUUAUCGGUGUGGUUAUAGCAAUCAUAACAGUAUGAAUUGUCCUAACAUAAAUAAAACAUGUAAUAAGUGCAACCGUACUGGACAUUUCGCAAAAAUGUGUCGUUCACGUCCACAAAUGAAGAGAGUUCAUUCAGUUGAACCUGCAAUGUCCUCGAAGAAAGCUGAAGCAACACAAAAGAAGACGAGAAUUGAUCACGAAGUAACAGAAGUGAGCCAGUUGAUGAAAAGUCAUCAAAACCGGUGUAAUGAAUGUGGAAAUGAUGCAACGUUGUAA